ACUUCCUCCGGCCUCCCGCUCUCACUUCCUUCUCGAGCCCGGAGCCGCUGCCGCCGCCCCCAGCUCCCCCGCCUCGGGGAGGGCACCAGGGUCUUGCUCUGUCGCCCAGGCUGGAGUGCAGUGGUGUGAUCAUAGCCCGCUGCAGCCUUGACCACCCUGGGAUCAAGUGAUGCUCCCACCUCAGCCUCCCGAGUAGCUGGGACUACAGGUCACUGCAGCCAGAGGGGUCCAGAAGAGAGAGGAGGCCCUGCCUCCACUACAGCAACUGCACCCACGAUGCAGAGCAUCAAGUGCGUGGUGGUGGGUGAUGGGGCCGUGGGCAAGACGUGCCUGCUCAUCUGCUACACAACUAACGCUUUCCCCAAAGAGUACAUCCCCACCGUGUUCGACAAUUACAGCGCGCAGAGCGCAGUUGACGGGCGCACAGUGAACCUGAACCUGUGGGACACUGCGGGCCAGGAGGAGUAUGACCGCCUCCGUACACUCUCCUACCCUCAGACCAACGUUUUCGUCAUCUGUUUCUCCAUUGCCAGUCCGCCGUCCUAUGAGAACGUGCGGCACAAGUGGCAUCCAGAGGUGUGCCACCACUGCCCUGAUGUGCCCAUCCUGCUGGUGGGCACCAAGAAGGACCUGAGAGCCCAGCCUGACACCCUACGGCGCCUCAAGGAGCAGGGCCAGGCGCCCAUCACACCGCAGCAGGGCCAGGCACUGGCCAAGCAGAUCCAUGCUGUGCGCUACCUCGAAUGCUCAGCCCUGCAACAGGAUGGUGUCAAGGAAGUGUUCGCCGAGGCUGUCCGGGCUGUGCUCAACCCCACGCCGAUCAAGCGUGGGCGGUCCUGCAUCCUCUUGUGACCCUGGCACUUGGCUUGGAGGCUGCCCCUGCCCUCCCCCCACCAGUUGUGCCUUGGUGCCUUGUCCGCCUCAGCUGUGCCUUAAGGACUAAUUCUGGCACCCCUUUCCAGGGGGCUCCCUGAAUGCCUUUUUCUCUGAGUGCCUUUUUCUCCUUAAGGAGGCCUGCAGAGAAAGGGGCUUUGGGCUCUGCCCCCCUCUGCUUGGGAACACUGGGUAUUCUCAUGAGCUCAUCCAAGUCAAGGUUGGACCCCUCCCCAAGAGGCCAACCCAGUGCCCCCUCCCAUUUUCCGCUACUGACCAGUUCAUCCAGCUUUCCAUACAGUUGUUGCUGCCUAUUGUGGUGCCGCCUCAGGUUAGGGGCUCUCAGCCAUCUCUAACCUCUGCCCUCGCUGCUCUUGGAAUUGCGCCCCCAAGAUGCUCUCUCCCUUCUCCAAUGAGGGAGCCACAGAAUCCUGAGAAGGUGAAUGUGCCCUAACCUGCUGCUCUGUGCCCAGGCCUUAGGCAUUUGCUGACUGACUCAGCCCCCAUGCUUCUGGGGACCUUUCCUACCCCCAUCAGCAUCAAUAAAACCUCCUGUCUCCAGUG